GGUUACUGAGGGGUCAACGUGGAACAAUGGCUCACCUGCGCCAUAUCGGAGCUGCAAUAGGAGCUGUAGUUGCAAUCAUGGGCAGCGUGGUGUUCAUGUCAUGGAAGUACUUUAACAGCAAAAGGCGUUAUCCCGAGGAAGAAUACGAUAGUAUCAAAGAGACCCAACCUAGGGAGAAGCAGAUUCUGGUUCUUGGUUUAGACGGUGCUGGAAAAACCAGCAUUCUCAAUUGUUUGGCCAAUCAUACAGUGAAGCAUAGCACUUCACCUACUCAAGGCUUUAAUGCAAUAUGCAUACAGACUGGAGGCUGCAAAUUGGAUUUCCUUGAAAUUGGAGGUAGCUGCAACUUGCGCUCAUACUGGAAUCUCUACCUAAACAAAGCCCAAAUGUUGAUUUAUGUGGUGGAUUCUGCAGACCACGAACGUUUGCCUCUUGCUGGGCAGGAGCUUCAUCGGCUGCUCAAACAAGAUCCAUUGCUGCCACUAGUGUUAUUGGCAAAUAAACAGGACCUUCAUGGGGCUCUUAAUAUUUCUGAUCUUCAUAGAAAGCUUCUACUCCACGAUGUGAAUUAUGAAAAAAAACUUUUCCUCAUGGCUACUAAUGUCACCAAGGAUGGGACGGAGAUCCCGAAAAGUAUUCACUGUGUUAAGGAACUUAUCAUUCAGUGGAUUUCACAGAAAAGCUGAGCAAACAGCAAUUCAUAUUUCUGGAGGAUUGCUAAAAAUUUACUUUAAGUAUUACAAUAUUAUCCAGUAAUUCAUGUCUUAGCCACAUUGAGUUCAGAGGGCGGGAGGAGGAAGAAAGCAAUGGAUUUACCUUUUCAAAAAUUGUAAUAGUAUGCAUAUUUAAUUUUUUUUAACAACCUUCCAUAGCAACACGGAGUUUUAGUAUCCUUGCGUAUGUUAUAUUUUUUUGAUAAUCCUAAUGUUAAACAUAAGAUUUUUGUAGUAGUGAAAUUUAUCCUACUUUUUCAG